AGACAGGACACACCGCGAUGAGUACCCAAAGCAGAGAUUGCAAUCAAGCAGCAGCUCCACAGGAGCUGAGUUUGGCAGAGAUGGGAAAAAAACUUGAUGAUGAAGCAAAGCCUGUGGUGAAACGUCUAGAGAAGGAACUAAAUCUUGUCAUACAGAGUUUGGCAGAGAUGGAAAAAAAACUUCAGGAGGCCAAGCCUGUGGUGAAAUGUCUAGUGGAGGAACUGAAUCCAGUCAUACAGAGAUUGAGUGAAAUGGAAGAAGUUUACAAAGUGAGUCUCCAAAAAGCAGGUUUGGCUGAAAUGGAAAAGUUUUACAAACGGAAAAUCCAAGAAGAAAGAUCUGCACAUGAAAAAACUAAAGAAGAGUAUAAAUCAUUCAAAGACAGAGUGGCAGGAGAUGUUGAUCUUGCACUAAAGACGGGGAACUCUGAAGACAUGAACGACCCAGUGAAUGAAACCAGACUGAAAGAGAUGUAUAAAGAGCUGAGGAAGGACUGGCCUAAAAUCAAGUCUUAUCUGCAGACAACUCAGAGCGACCCAGAGAUAAUGAAAGCUUGGAUUCAGCACAGCUUUCAACAUGGGGCAGACGAAACAGAACAGAAGAAGAAACAGAUUGAUUCAGCAUUUAACCUACAUGCGGACGACACUCCAGCAUCUGAGAAGGUUCAUAAAUACACAAAGUUAACCCUCCACAACCUUCAGCUUGUUGUUUACUACAGAUUCAAAGACACUGCUGUUCAGGAAGGUGAACCUUGUGAUGAUAGCUGGAAUAAUCUCCUCUCGAAGUGCCACUGGCUGAGCUGCUUAUUGGUGCUGAACGAUCCCCCUCUUCAGCCUGACUGGAAAAAUCAUCAUCCAGGGCAAGAUGCUUGGAACUUUUUCCCACAAGAAAUCAUAGCUGAUUCUGCCAUGUCACACUGCCAGGACCACUCUGAACAUGUCCGUAAAUGUCCUUGGACAUUCCAGCAUCCAGACGUGAACCAGACUGAAGAUAUUGAGAUGAAGGCCACAUGAGGCAAGGGGUGA